AUGUGCCUACCCGCGAAUGCAACACACUUGUUUAAGCCUCUCGCCGUGGAAGACAAUGCCGGAGGCUAUUCUAUCGACAAAGCAACUGCUGUGAGGAUCGCGUGUAUGACAUGGAAGCGCUGCAGGUUUGCGACGAAUGUCCAGUCGGGGUUUAAGGUAUGUGGUCUGUACCCGUUGUCACUUGUGAAUAUGCAGCACAGGAUGGAUAUCUACACGCGCAACGGCACGCCAGCGGACAUCCGACUCACGGCGUGGCUGCACGUGGAGCUUCCAAGUAAAAAUCGGCGACUUUUCAAAAAAAACUUUUAA